AUGGUUUCCACCGGUGCAAAGAUCAUUCGCAUGAUCGUCAAGAACGAUGCUGUGAAAUCCGACCCGCCUGAGAUAUACGGAUGGCGCGCCUUCGCCAUGGCUGGUUCUGCCUGUUUCGGAGGCAUGUUGUUUGGCUUCGAUAUCGGUACUAUUGGCGGUGUGCUCGAGCUGAAGGAGUUCAAAGAAAAGUAUAAGAUCACCGGUAACGCCAAGGCAGUGGCUGAUCUCAAUGCCAAUAUCGCCUCGACUCUCCAGGCCGGGUGUUUCGUUGGUUGCUUCGUCGCCUCCUGGAUGGCUGACAAGUGGGGACGCAAGUUCGCUCUCCAAAUUGCUGGACUGAUUACCAUUGUCGGCUGCGUCUUCCAGGCUGCUGCUCUCGGACACAUCGAAGUCAUGUACAUUGGACGUCUAAUCGCCGGUGUCGGUGUCGGCAUGGCCUCCAUGGUCGUGCCACUGUACAUUUCAGAAAACUCUCCUCGUGCCAUUCGUGGCGGUCUGACCGGUCUCUACCAACUCUUCAUCGCCACUGGAACCUGUCUCGCUUUCUGGGUCAACUACGGUUCGCUGCUGCACUUGUCUGGCAGCGCUACGGUUUACAUUGUCCCGCUCGCUCUUCAGGCACUUCCUGCUGUCUUGCUUUGUGGCUGCAUGGCUCUCAACAAGGAAUCCCCUCGAUUCUUGGCCAAGCAGGAUCGCUGGGAAGAGGCGAACAGCGUGCUUGCUCGCAUGCGUAAUUUGCCUGUUACGCACGAGUAUGUGCAGAGUGAGAUCAAGGAUAUCGCCGACCAGCUCGAGCACGAGCGCAUGCUCGUUGCUGGUGCUACCGUCAAGGAUCUCCUCAAAGAGAUGUUCACGAUUCCUGGUAACCGCAAGCGUGCCCUCAUCUCCAUCGGCCUCAUGAUUUGCCAGCAGAUGACCGGAACCAAUGCCAUCAACUACUACGCACCCCAGAUCUUCAAGGCCCUCGGUCUCCAAGGUAACGAAGUCAAGCUCUUCGCCACUGGAAUCUACGGUACCAGCGUCGUCAAAAUGGUCGGCUGCCUCUGCUUCCUAAUCUUCGCCGCCGACUCCCUGGGCCGCCGCCGUUCGCUGCUCUGGACCUCCAUCGCCCAAGGUCUCUCCAUGUACUACAUUGGUUUGUACAUGCGCAUCGACCCGCCCAUCGCAGGCCAAGCCGUGCCUCCUGCCGGCUACUUCGCACUGGUCUGCGUGUUCCUGUUCGCGUGCUUCUUCCAGUUUGGAUGGGGUCCCGUGUGCUGGAUCUACGUAUCCGAGAUCCCCGCGGCGCGACUGAGAUCGCUGAACGUGGCUAUCGCGGCGGCAACACAGUGGCUGUUCAACUUUGUUGUUGCGCGCGCUACGCCGAAUAUGAUGGCCACUGUUGGAAAGGGUGGUUAUGGUACUUUCCUCAUCUACGGAACGUUCUGUCUCUCCAUGUUCAUCUUCGUGUGGUUCCUCGUUCCCGAGACCAAGGGUCUGUCGCUCGAGCGCAUGGACGACCUGUUUGGUUUGACUGAGAUGGUCAAGAACAUUGAGGCUGAUCGCGAGAACCACGCUCACUCUACCACGACGGAGCUUGACUUGGAUGGCAAGAACGUGACGAGGGAGGAGCGCAAGGAGGUAGUCAACUGA